AAAUAAUUUUCUAGUUUAAGUUUUGAAAGUCUGCGGUCCGGACGUACUUAAGCAAUGAAAAUAUUUUAUAUAUUUCUGGUAUUUGCUUACCUAACUGUGUGUGAGUCUGCACCAGCGACCCAACAACGGGUCGAAACUGAUCCGGAAUUGACUGCUGGAUAUUUUGAAGGUGAUAUUGUUUUGGAUAAUAAUCGAAAUGGCAUUAUAACGAAGACCAGACACUGGCCAAAUGGCAUUGUUUACUAUAAAUUUGGUGACAUAAUUGAUGAACCACAUCGCAAUCAUAUCUUACGAGGAAUUGAAAUGUUGGAACAAGUGUCAUGUAUACGAUUUAAGGAAGCUGAUGAAAAUCAAAGUUACUAUGUUAACAUAACUACGCAAGGUGGUGGCUGCUUUUCUACGGUUGGCUGGUAUAACCAAGUUCAAACAUAUAAUCUUCAGAUAUAUCCACUGGAUGAAGGUUGCUUCCGUUUAGGCACGAUUAUGCAUGAAUUUUUGCAUACUCUCGGUUUCUAUCAUCAGCAAAGCACGUGGAACCGUGAUGAAUAUGUACGCAUAGCUGAAGAAAAUAUUCAGCCAAAUACAAUACACAAUUUUAACAAGUACGACUCUGACUUUGUUGAUAAUUAUGAUGAAGAAUACGAUUAUGCCAGCAUACUUCACUAUUCUGCAUAUGCGUUUUCUGCAAAUGGUGAAAUGACCAUUAUUCCAUUGAACGAAGCAGAUGCUGCCUCAAUGGGACAACGCAGAGCUCUAACUCGAAGCGAUAUCAAUAAACUGAAUGUAAUGUAUCGUUGUCCGAUUAAACCAUAGAAUCAUUUAACUCCUGC